AUGCCCCAGGGCUCAGGACCUGAGUUCCACCUCGCUGCCGGAGCCAGGCCCUCCACAGCACCCCAGUCCCCAGAGCCCCGACAGAGGGGUACCUGGCCACAGCAUGGAGGGCUACUCAGAGGAGGAUAGCUUGCUCCGGCACCUGGAGAAGGUGGCCAGUGAGGAGGAAGAAGUGCCACUGGUGGUUUAUCUAAAGGAGAAUGCGGCACUGCUGACGGCCAAUGGGCUCCACCUGUCAAACCGAGAGGCCCAGCAGUCCUCACCGGCCCCACCUCCAGCGGAGGCCCAGCCCGCUGCAGAUGUCAACCAAAACCUCGCCUCGCCCAGUGCCACGCUAACCACAGCCGCUUCUAACAGCAGCCACAACCCGCCAGCCACCGAUGUCAAUCAGAACCCCCCGGCAACUGCCGUCCCACAGAGCCUGCCACUUUCUGGCAUCCAGCAGAAUUCCUCAGAGGCCCAGCUCCCAUCCAAUGGCACGGUGCCUGCUUCCAAACCCAGCACCUUGUGUGCUGACGGGCAACCCCAGGCACCGGCCGAGGAGGUGAGAUGCAGCACGCUCCUAAUUGACAAGGUGUCGACUCCAGCUCCUGCCACGAGCACCUUCUCCAGAGAAGCUACGCUCAUCCCCAGCUCCAGGCCCCCAGCCUCAGAUUUCAUGUCCAGCUCCCUGCUCAUCGACAUCCAGCCCAACACCCUAGUGGUGUCAGCAGAUCAAGAGAUGUCUGGGCGAGCAGCUGCCACCACACCCACCAAGGUAUACAGUGAGGUCCACUUCACACUGGCCAAGCCCCCAUCAGUGGUCAACAGGACGGCCAGGCCUUUUGGGAUCCAGGCGCCAGGGGGCACCAGCCAGAUGGAGAGGAGCCCCAUGCUAGAGAGACGACAUUUUGGGGAGAAGGCCCCGGCUCCCCAGCCCCCAAGUAUGCCAGACAGGAGCCCCCGGCCACAGAGACAUAUCAUGUCCUGCAGCCCCAUGGUGGAAAGGAGGCUGAUGGGGCAGCGAAGCCCGGUCUCAGAGAGACGCCCCUUGGGGAACUUCACUCCACCCCCCACCUACACUGAGACCUUGUCCACAGCCCCUCUGGCUUCCUGGGUGAGGUCUCCUCCCUCUUAUUCUGCCCUGUACCCCAGCUCCGACCCCAGGUCUUCUCACCUGAAGGGCCAGGCGGUUCCCGCCAGCAAGACGGGCAUCCUGGAGGAGUCGAUGGCCCGCCGGGGCAGCCGCAAAUCCAUGUUCACCUUUGUGGAGAAGCCCAAGGUGACCCCGAAUCCAGACCUGCUGGAUCUGGUACAGACAGCGGAUGAGAAGCGGCGGCAGAGGGACCAAGGGGAGGUGGGCGUGGACGAGGAGCCCUUUGCCCUGGGGGCCGAGGCCUCCAACUUCCAGCAGGAGCCAGCCCCUCGUGACAGAGCCAGCCCGGCGGCGGAGGAGGCACUCCCAGAGUGGGCCUCCUGCCUCAAGUCACCCCGCAUCCAGGCCAAGCCGAAGCCCAAACCCAACCAGAACCUCUCCGAGGCCUCUGGGAAGGGGGCUGAGCUCUACGCACGCCGCCAGUCACGGAUGGAGAAAUACGUCAUCGAGUCUUCAAGCCACACGCCAGAGGUGGCCCGCUGCCCAUCACCCACCAUGUCCCUGCCUUCUUCCUGGAAAUACCCCACUAACGCCCCCGGGGCCUUCCGAGUGGCAUCCCGAAGCCCAGCCCGGACCCCACCUGCCUCCCUCUAUCAUGGCUAUCUGCCUGAGAACGGGGUCCUGCGCCCGGAGCCCACCAAGCAGCCGCCGUACCAGCUGCGGCCCUCGCUCUUUGUCCUCUCACCGAUCAAGGAGCCUGCCAAGGUCUCCCCAAGAGCUGCCUCGCCCGUCAAGCCCACCUCCUUGGACCUGGUGCCCAACCUGCCCAAGGGGUGUCUUCCUCCGUCUCCUGGCCUGCCUCGGGCCUCCCGCUCCUCGCCGGGCCUCUACACCUCCCCCGGCCAGGACAGCCUGCAGCCCACUGCCGUGAGCCCUCCCUACGGCGGAGACAUCUCCCCUGUGUCUCCCUCCAGGGCAUGGUCUCCCCGAGCCAAGCAGGCCCCCAGGCCCUCCUUCUCCACCCGGAACGCCGGGAUCGAGGCUCAGGUGUGGAAGCCUUCCUUCUGCUUCAAGUAACGGACCCCAUGGGGGUUCCACUGCCGAUCAAGUCCCCUCCUUGAGGGCCAGCUGGAGAGCAGGAAAUGGCAGGAAAUGGCACAGAGCUGAGUGAGGAGAAUGGGGAGUCCAUGGUUCAAGGUCAGAUGCGGCCACCAGCUGGCUUUGUGACCUUGGGCGAGUCGCCUCCCCUCUCCGAGCUCAGCUGCCCCUCCCCUACUACAGCUGGGGUCAGACUCCAUGUCUGAGUGGGG